UUCCCAUUUUCCUCCUGGACCCUGGCCUCCGCCAUGCAGCCGGCCCCAGCCGCGCCAUGCUCCUGGGCGUGCUCUUGGGCGCUUGGUCGGUGGCCGCGGGGACGCGCUGGUCCGAGUCAGAGCCACUGAGCUAUCCGCAUUACUUGGGCCGAAAGGUCUAUGUCCUCAACGGAACCUGGGAUUUUGCCUUCCUGGGCGAUGUGGUCUUAGAAGAGGUGGAAGAGAGCAAACUUGGAGAUGACCUGUGGGAAGAGGUCGCCGUGCCGGACGCCUUCGACCUCCGCCCGGACCGCAGCGACUGCACCUGCUUCGCCGACGCCGAGCGCUGCCGGCGCUGCUGCGACCGUGCACUGGGGCACCGCGGCGCGACGGAGUGCUGGGGCGACGUGCGCCGCCUAGAGCAGGUGUGGAUCUAUGAGGAGAAUCCGCAGGCGCCCUUCGAUGCCUGCUGCGGCGUGCAUCCCUUGCGGACGCAGCGCGGGGUGGCGCUGUACCGGACUGCACUGGACGCCAGGCCCCACACGGCUGGCUUGCUGCACUUUGGCGCCUGCACCCUGCGGUGCAUCGUGAAGGUCGAUGGCCAGGUGCUGGCGGAGCACGCGGGGCUGUCGCCCUUUUGGGUGGAGCUGGAGGCCUCGGAGAGGGUCCAGCGGGAGGUGCUGGUGCUGGUGGACAACCGCUUUGGAGAGACACAUCCGGUGCACCAGGCGAAGUACGACUGGUACCAAGCGGGAGGUUUGAUUCGACCAGUUCAGUUUCAUCAACUUGCCUCAGAAGAGCUCUUGUACAUCAGCUCCGUCCAUG